AUGGUUCAGGUUCGAAAUGGUAUCAUACAUGCCAAGUCACUAUUGGCACAGGCAGGCAAAGCCCAUGACGGUGCAGCUCGUGUUAUCGCUCAAGGAUUCCAUAUGAAUAACGUUCAGCUGGUUGAUGGCGGUGGUGCCGUGGGUAAUAUGGGUGAGCUGGCCAGAACUCUAGUAUCAUUAUCUGGUCCACAGGCCGUCCAUGGUAUUAUUCCCAAGGCCCUUGUCGAGAUUGGGAAGGGUUAUAAAGAUAUCGACUGUCAAAGAGGUACGACGAAGGACCCCAUUCCAAACAGGCAAGGCAAGGCCGCGGAGCGCGUUGUAUCGGACUCGAUCGAAGAGUCGGACUAUGGCUUAGCGACCAUUGUUCCGGACAGGCACAUCCGCAAGCGAUUAAUGGCUCAGUUGGUCCACGAGGGAGGUCCAGGCUCGGGCUUUGUCGUGCUACUGGGGAUUCACAAGGCCGGUGCGGUCUUGCUGAACAUCAACGGUUACUGGGGCGGAAUCCUGCAGUGCGUGCCUGCCUCCGUGGAGGUGGGUUCAGUCAGUCAGGAAAAUGCGGGAAUUCUCACACCGGUAUCUAGGGUAGAAGACAUUCUGAAGAUACUGAGGAAGUACCGAAUUAGCAAUGACCGAUUGGAACUGGACUGGGGUCAGGAGUGA